GUGCUGGCGAGUCCGGGAAGAGCACCAUCGUCAAACAAAUGAAGAUUAUCCAUGAAGACGGCUACUCGGAAGAGGAGUGCCGGCAGUACAAAGCCGUGGUCUAUAGCAACACCAUCCAGUCCAUCAUGGCCAUCAUCAAGGCCAUGGGUAACCUGCAGAUUGACUUUGGUGACUCCUCCAGAGCGGACGAUGCUCGCCAGUUGUUUGCGCUCUCCUGCACUGCGGAGGAACAGGGGAUCAUGCCAGAGGACCUUGCCAAUGUGAUCCGGAGGCUCUGGGCUGACAACGGCGUCCAGGCCUGCUUUAACCGCUCCCGAGAAUACCAGCUGAACGACUCCGCUGCCUACUACCUGAAUGACCUGGAGAGGAUAGCCCGAGCCGACUACAUCCCCACCCAGCAGGAUGUGCUGCGAACCAGGGUGAAGACCACUGGCAUUGUAGAGACUCAUUUCACCUUCAAGGACCUGCAUUUCAAGAUGUUUGACGUGGGCGGCCAGCGGUCAGAGCGGAAGAAGUGGAUCCACUGCUUUGAGGGGGUGACGGCCAUUAUUUUCUGCGUGGCCCUGAGCGCCUAUGACCUGGUGCUGGCUGAAGAUGAGGAGAUGAACCGGAUGCAUGAGAGCAUGAAGCUCUUCGACAGCAUCUGCAACAACAAGUGGUUCACAGACACAUCCAUCAUCCUCUUUCUCAACAAGAAAGACCUCUUUGAGGAAAAAAUUGUGCACAGCCCCCUGACCAUCUGCUUCCCAGAGUACACAGGGGCCAACAAGUACGAUGAGGCAGCCAGCUACAUCCAGAGCAAGUUUGAGGACCUGAACAAGCGGAAGGACACGAAGGAGAUCUACACACACUUCACCUGUGCCACCGACACCAAGAACGUGCAGUUCGUCUUCGAUGCCGUCACCGAUGUCAUCAUCAAAAACAACCUGAAGGACUGCGGGCUCUUCUGAGGGCGAGCGGCGCCGGGCGGCAAGGGUGACCGGACGUGCCUGUCCCGGCAGGAGAGCCGCGGCUGAGGAAGGAAGGACCGCACCACGUAACGACUUCUGCUUUUCUUCUCUUGUUUUGUUCUCCUCCACCCCAUAAAGAGACUUUGGUUACGACCGUGACGGCAGGGGCAGGGGUGAGCUCGCCGCUGCUUCCCAGCUGCAUUACAGCCCAACCCGUGCCACCCCCGUCCACCCCGUGCCUCCCCCCGCAGACGUCCUCGUGGCCACAAGCCCGUGGCUGCAGGUUGUACCGUUGUGGUCCUUUCUUGCUUCCCCUCUCAACUCCAGAGGCUUGGGAAAAUGAGGUUUUAAUCUUUGGUUUUAACUGGUUGAGAUUGCUCCAAACCCUCCUUUUUAUCUGCUUACAAGAAAUCACUUUCUCACUGUUUACAUUCAAACUGUUGCUCUCACGGGGGGACACGGAGGUCCCGGCUUUCCUGGCAUUGCACAAACCAGCAAGGAAAACCCACCACCCAGAAAACACAACCAACAACAUUCCUUUUAGAAAACAGAGGAAAAAAAAAAACACC